GGUGCGGGAACCUGUAGAUCAUGUCUGGAUGAAACAUCUCGUGGUGCCCCAGCUGACCUCAGCCAUCCACAUCGAGAAACACGGGGACACCCAGCACAGCUGAACGGCACCAAACGCGUCCACCCACCAGACUCAGUGACCUCCUGUGUGCCCAACGGACACAGCCUCUCCUGCCACCACUGCUGUCACUACUGCCAGACAUGGCUGCCCAGAGAGUAGCCAUCAUCGGCGCUGGAGCCUCUGGCUUGUGUGCCCUGAAAUGCUGCCUGGACGAAGGGCUGGCCCCCACCUGCUUCGAGAGGAGUGGGGACAUCGGGGGGCUGUGGCGGUUUGAGGAGAAGCCCGAGGAGGGCCGCGCCAGCAUCUACCGCUCCGUCAUCAUCAACACUUCCAAGGAGAUGAUGUGCUUCAGCGACUUCCCCAUCCCCGACGACUUCCCCAACUACAUGCACCACUCCAAGAUCAUGGAGUACUUCCGCAUGUACGCCCAGCACUUUGACCUGCUCCGCCACAUCCGCUUCAGGACCAGUGUGCGCCGCGUGGCCAAGUGCUCUGACUUCACCACCACGGGCCGCUGGGAGGUGGAGACCGAGAGUGAGGGCAAGCAUGAGUCAGCCACCUUCGACGCCGUGUUGGUGUGCACCGGGCACCACAGCGACGCACACCUCCCACUGCACGCCUUCCCUGGACUGGACAAGUUUGAAGGCUGGUACCUGCACAGCCGGGACUACAAGAGCCCGCAGGCCUUUGCGGAGAAGCGGGUCAUCGUGGUCGGCACCGGGAACUCGGGCAUCGACAUCGCGGUGGAGCUGAGCCACACAGCCAAGCAGGUCUUCCUCAGCACCAAGCGUGGGACAUGGGUGAUGCACCGGGUAGCAGAAGGUGGGUACCCCUUUGACUUCUCCUACCUCAGCCGCUUCACCCAGCUCCUCCAAAGCCUGCUGCCCCUCUCUGUGAGCAACUUCAUACUGGAGAGGAAGCUCAAUAUGCGCUUUGACCACGCUCUCUAUGGUCUGAAGCCAAAACACCGGGUCCUCAACCAGCAUUUGACCAUCAACGACGACCUGCCCAACCGUGUCAUUUCGGGCAGGGUGCGGGUGAAGCCGAACAUCAAAGAGUUCACAGAGACAUCUGCCAUCUUUGAGGAUGGCACUAAGGAAGACAUCGACGGUGUGGUCUUUGCCACAGGGUACAGCUUCUCCUUCCCCUUCCUUGAGGAUUCUGUGAAGGUGGUGGAGAAUCAGGUCCCCCUCUACAAGUUUAUGUUCCCAGCUGACCUGGAGAAGCCGACGCUGGCUUUCAUUGGCUACAUCCAGCCUCUGGGAGCCAUCAUGCCCAUCUCGGAGAUGCAGAGUCGCUGGGCCACCCGUGUCUUCAAGGGUCUGCACAAGCUGCCACCAACCAGCACCAUGCUGGCUGACAUCGCACAAACCAAGGAGAAAAUAGCCAAGCGGUACGUGACCAGCCGGCGGCACACCAUCCAGGUGGAUUACAUCCCCUACAUGGACGAGCUCGCCUGCCAGCUGGGUGUCAAGCCCAACCUGCCACUGCUCUUCCUCACUGACCCCAAGCUGGCGCUGGAGGUGCUGCUGGGGCCCUGCACGCCCUACCAGUACCGCCUGCAUGGCCCAGGUGCAUGGCGGGGCGCCCGGGCGGCCAUCUUGACCCAGCAGCAGCGCGUUGACCAACCCCUGCGGGGCUCGGCCAGGCACCCAGCGCCACGCUGCAGCUCUGUGCCACACAUCUUCAAGGUCUUCUUCAGCCUCGGAUUGAUCGUGGCCACGCUCAUCUACGUCUCGCUGUCCCCUUAGCCCCACACGAAGGGGGCUGCUGGCCAUCCCCUUCCUCUCCCUUGGGUUUCGGUGUUGUCGGGAGGGGCUCAAACAGCUCUGCUGGAUGCGUGGUGGCACGGGGAACUCUUUCCUCAAGGAAAAAGGCAAUAAAGCUUGUCCCCGUUCUCCGGGGUGAAGGGUCA